UGGCGUGAAUCCAGUCCGCCAUGCUCGUUUUAUAUUUUGUUGUUACUUUUUCCUGUGUUGUACUUUGUGGAGCCUCGCAUGAAGAUGCAGUCGGUUGUGCUUUUGCUUCCUCCUGGCUUGAGUCUGUGGUACUGUCAAUGAAGCUCGCCAAAAAAGGGUUCCACAGAGAUCUCCAGUAUGAGGUUCAACAUGAUCCUCCUUCACAUCCCGUCAAAGCUCUGCUGGUUCACAGACUACCUCGUGGAGUGUACAUGGAUCGUUAUCAAAUUGCAGACCUGAAUAAAGACACAGGAUUACAGGCGCUUCUUGAUUCACCAGUUGAUCUUGAGAGUCCAGCCCAUCUGUCCUCCAGUUUCUCUGCACUAGUCUUCCUUAGUACACCCGGACCACUACAGGCAACGGUUCCUGUCCAUGGCCGAUAUCACAGGCCCUCCAAUACAGGUGGAUGGGAACACGUCACCAUCGAGCCACCAAGACUGCUGCUACGGCAGGAAAGUUGUGGAACCCUAGAUCCUAGCCUGUCACACAGCGUGGUAAAGGCACCGUGCACAUUCCAGAACGAGAGUGUUUGCUCAUGGCUGGAGAUCCAUGGAUUACAGGUGUCUAGAGUGAUUUUCGAGAUACCAGUGGGUGAUUCCUCUCUGACCAAUCAAGUGUGUGUAGUAACACUACUGGUAACCAUGUUGUGCUGCAUUUACAUUUGUAAAGCUCUCUGGAAACAUGGCAUCUUUUAAAACUGAUUUUAAAUCAAUGAAUGAGCAAUAUCAAGUGGAUUGUUAAAUUAAACAGAAUUGUGUAUAUAUUUGUAUGUAUAUGCAGACUUUCCAUCACUUACUGAUUUUUACUGACAUAUGUGAAUGUGUGAUAAAUGGAAACAAGUUUCGUUUGCUUGAAUUUGUUUUAUUGAAAGUAGCAUCGAUUGGUCUGGUUUUGUAAAAUUUUUUGUUCCUCUUGAUUAGGGUUAUGAUGGAUGCCAUACGAAAACCAUUUACAAAUACGACCUGUACAAGGCACUUACUUAUCACAGACCACCACACACUCACAAUUUCAUUCAUCUGAUUUUGGGGCACUUUAAAGCAGCCAGUCUUCCUAUUCAAAUUAAGAUCAGAUGCCAGCCAUGGAGGAUAUCAAGUAUAUCAUUAAGGGUGAAUUUAUUUUGUAUUUUUUUAACAAUGGUUAUCAUGUGCUGUCAAAAUAAAUACAAUAGAACAUACAAGUUUCUCAUCUUAAAGCUCUGAAUCACCUAAUGUUCUUAGAUUCCUUGAACACCACAUUUUUCAUCCAUCCCCCUAAAACAUAAGGGUGUGUGUGUGCGUGUAUAAAACUAUAUUAAUAGGUGAGGGUGUGGUGUAAGUUCAUAAACAACAUAAAGCAGCCAGAUAACAUGAAGCAGCCAAUUCACCUACUGCAUGACUUUGAUAGGUAGGAGGAAACCUGAAUGAAAACACACGUGGACAGAGAGAAAACAGAGACCAUAGGAUCGAACCCAGGCUCCCAGGACCAUUAUUGCUGUGUGACACCUACAUCUGAAUUCAUUAUUAUUAUAUAAUGUAUUUUAUUCUGAUUUGAUCAUGCAUUUAAUGAUUUAAUCUGCAUUUGGGUGGCACGGUGGCUCGGUGGAUAGCACUGUGGCCUCACAGCAAAAAGGUCCAGGGGUUCAGUCCCCAGGUGGAGCGGGGUCCGGGUCCUUUCUGUGUGGAGUUUGCAUGUUCUCCCCGUGUCUGUGUGGGUUUCCUCUGGGAGCUCCGGUUUCCUCCCACAGUCCAAAGACGUGCAAGUGAGAUACAAAGUUGUCCAUGACUGUUGGAAAACUUGACCUGAUGAAUUUUGUGUAACCAGUAACUACCUGUCCUGUCAUGAAUGUAACAUAAAGUGUGUAAAACAUGACGCUAAGGUUUUAAUAAAUAAAUAAAUCUGCA